GAGAGAGAGAGAGAGGUGGGCAGAGGUGUGACUGAGAGGACAGGCAGAGGCAGAGGGAGACUCCGAGCCAGCUGGGCUUUUGCCAUAUCUUAUUUUUAUUUAGGAAUCUCAAAGAGAGAGAGAGAGAGAGAGAGAGAGAGAGAGAGAGAGAGAAAAAGGGGAGAAAGGCUGAAGUACUAUAGCAGUAGUUUUUCGUGCGUAAAGGGGAUAGGUUGUUCUCCAAAUUCUUAGGAGUUGUGCUUCACUUUCAGACUGAGCAGUUUAUUUGCAGGCAGUGUCCUGGGUUUCUUUGCCUCCGCUAGAGUCCCUGCGGUGCACGGAUUACAAUGCAAAGGAUUGUGGAGGUUUGGGUCACCUUGGUGACAGUUUGCGCGCUGACCGAGGGGGUCUUUGGAGGAUACGGGCUGAGCAUGUUUGCUGCGCAGUCUUCCCCUCCGGACCCGUGCUACGACGAGAACGGGAACCCUCGGCGGUGCAUCCCCGACUUCGUCAACUCCGCUUUCGGAAAGGACGUGCGCGUAUCCAGCACCUGCGGCAGCCCCGCCGCCAGGUACUGCGUGGUGGCCGAGAAGGGCGAGGAGCGGACGCGGGACUGUCACACGUGCGACGCCGCGGAUCCCAAGAAGUCCCGUCCGCCCGCGUAUUUAACAGACCUCAACAACCCGCACAACCUCACCUGCUGGCAGUCCGAAAACUACGCGCAGUAUCCGCAGAACGUCACGCUCACCUUGUCGCUCGGGAAAAAGUUCGAGGUCACCUACGUGAGCCUGCAGUUCUGCUCACCCAGACCCGAAUCCAUGGCGAUCUACAAGUCCAUGGACUACGGCAAGUCGUGGGUGCCGUUCCAGUAUUAUUCCACUCAGUGCAAGAAAAUGUACAGCAGGCAGAACAAGGCGGCGAUUACUAAGCAGAACGAACAAGAGGCCAUCUGCACGGACUCGCACACGGACAUGCACCCUCUGACGGGCGGACUCAUCGCCUUCAGCACGCUGGACGGCCGUCCGUCGGCGCACGACUUCGACAACUCCCCGGUGCUGCAGGACUGGGUGACGGCCACCGACAUCAAGGUGAUCUUCAGCCAGCUGCACACCUUCGGAGACGAGAACGAGGACGACUCGGAGCUGGCCCGCGACUCGUACUUUUACGCCGUGUCGGACCUGCAGGUCGGAGGACGGUGCAAGUGCAACGGGCACGCUUCAAAAUGCGUCAAGGACAGGGACGGGAAUCUGGUCUGCGAGUGCAAACACAAUACGGCGGGACCGGAGUGCGACAGGUGCAAACCGUUCCACUACGACCGACCAUGGCAGCGCGCCACGGCCCGGGAAGCCAACGAGUGUGUCGCAUGCCACUGUAACCUGCAUGCCCGCCGCUGUCGUUUCAACAUGGAGCUGUACAAGCUGUCAGGCCGGAGAAGUGGCGGCGUCUGUCUCAACUGUCGACACAACACGGCGGGACGCCAUUGCCAUUACUGCAAGGAGGGUUACUACAGGGACAUGACCAAGUCCAUCUCUCACCGGAGGGCUUGCAAAGCGUGUGAUUGCCAUCCAGUUGGAGCAGCAGGGAAGACGUGUAACCAGACAACAGGCCAAUGCCCCUGCAAGGAUGGAGUGACGGGAAUCACCUGUAACCGCUGUGCCAAGGGCUACCAGCAGAGCCGCUCUCCCAUCGCCCCCUGCAUCAAGAUCCCAGUUGCAUCUCCGACAGCAACGUACACCAGCUACGAGGAGCCGUCAGAUUGUGAAUCUCACUGCAAAGCGUCCAAGGGAAAGAUGAAGAUCACCAUGAAGAAGUACUGUAAAAAAGACUACGCUGUCCAGGCGCACGUUCUGAAAGGAGACAAGGCCGGCGAGUGGUGGAAGUUCACCGUCAACAUCAUCUCCGUCUACAAACAAGGCGAGCACCGCAUCCGCCGCGGCGACCAGCUGCUGUGGGUGCGCGCCAAGGACGUGGCCUGCAAGUGCCCCAAGAUCAAGCCCGGGAGGAAGUACCUGCUCCUGGGCACAGACGACGAUUCCCCCGGGCAGAGCGGCGUGGUGGCGGACAAGGGAAGCCUGCUCAUCCCGUGGAAGGACCUGUGGGGCCGCCGGCUGAGGAAGUUCCAACAGCGUGACAAGAGGGGAAAGUGCUAAGA